GAGCGCUUCCUGGUUGGGUGAGGGUGAGGGGAAUGGCUGACAUCCCUGUGAGUCCUGGGGUUACUCCCGCCGGACCGAGAAUGGGACCCGGUCCUGCAGAAGGCGCCGACGCACUUUUCGUGGCCCUGAGUGCUGGUUUCACGGUCCUCAGCCACCCGCUGCUCUACGUGAAGCUUCUGGUGCAGGUUGGGCAUGAGCCUCUACCUCCAACUAUUGGGAGAAAUUUACUGGGGAGGAAAGUUUUUUACCUUCCUGGAUUUUUUACGUAUGCCAGGCACAUUGUAGAAGUAGAUGGGAAAAUGGGUCUUUUCCGUGGUCUUUCUCCUCGUAUCAUCUCUAGCGUUUUAUCUACGAUAAACCGCGAACAAGUGAAGAAGGCCUUCCCGCUAGAAGAUAUGGAGCACGUUUCCAAUAAGGAUGAUAUGAAGACAUCUCUCAGGAAAGUGACAAAAGAGACUUGCCAUGAGAUGACGAUGCAAUGUGUAUCCCGAAUUAUUUCUCAUCCACUUCAUGUAAUAUCUAUGCGCUGUAUGGUCCAGUUCGUAGGACGAGAAGUUAAGUACAGCCAUAUAUUUAGUUCAGUCAAGACAAUUUGGAAAGAAGAAGGACUCUUGGGAUUCUUUGUAGGUUUAGUUCCUCAUGUCCUAGGAGAUCUUAUUUUUCUGUGGUGUUGCAACCUUCUGGCUCAUUUUAUCAACACUUACGCUGUGGAUGACAACUUCAACCAGGCUUCUGUCAUUCGGAGCUACACUAAAUUUAUGAUGGGGAUUGCUGUGAGCAUGUUGACAUACCCUUUUCUUCUUGUGGGUGAUCUCAUGGCAGUGAACAACUGUGGGUUACUUGCAGGGCUCCCUCCAUAUGCCCCUGUGUUUUCUUCUUGGAUUCAUUGUUGGAGACAUCUUAGUUCUCAGGGGCAGCUCUUCAGAGGUUCCAGCCUACUUUUUCGUAGAGCAUCCAUACCAACACCUUUUUCCAUUGACUAAUUUCAUUUGGGAGACAGAAGCAAACUUAGAUUCUUGUAGAAGAGACUCUAAAACAGCUUGUUUUUACCAUUCUUUUUCAUUUGUAAAAUGAAAGGCUUUCAGCAGUAAGAACAGCUCAUUUCAGUAAGUUUGACAACCAUAAGGUCAGCUAUUUCUGGCCAAAUGUUGCUUGCCAGACAGUGCUGGUCAGGACUUGGAUCAAAAGGGCAGCCUGAAUAAUAACUUUUCAGCUUUUCAGGCAUAGUCAUGGCUUUGUAGGAUAUAAGAAGCUGAUUUACAUUUUUCUCUAAAUAAGAUGUAAGAUGGAAUGCAGAUUUCCCCCCUUUUGUACCAUUAGAGAAAACAGCUUAACCUUUAUCUCUUUAUCAAUUUUGGUUUUUGCCAUGUUAUUAGUCUACAUAUUAAAUCCAACUGAUGUUGGAAUACCUUUCAUUCCUAACAUUUAGCAAAACCACAAAAAAUUUUAAUACUGAUUUUUUUAAAAUCAUGACAUGUAUAAACCUGAUGGUUUAGCUUUUAUAAUAUCUCUAGGCAUCUUAUUUUGCAUCAGCUAUUUUUUAAGUUAAAUAUUUGACAAAGUGGGACCUUAAACCCUAAGAUAGAAUGGAUUAUUUACAUGGAUCUAGACAGAAUUUUUUUUAAUUUAGUAUUGAUUACAAAUUUAAGCUUGAUACAGGUAGUUAUUGACUUAUGACCACAAUUGAGACCAGAAUUUCCAUCGCUAAGGAAGGAAGUUAUUAAUUGAGUCGUGGUCAUGAUCUUUCUGCCAUGGUUGUUAAGUGAAUCAAUGCAAUUAUUAAGUGAAUCAUGUAGUUGUUAAAUAAAUCCAGCUUUCCCCAUUGACUUUUCUUGUUGGAAGCCAGCUGGGAUGGUUGCACACAGCAAUCAUAUGACACCAAAACUGGUUGCCAAGUCUCUGAAUUUUGAUCACCUGACCACGGGAUGGUGUGACAGUUAUAAAUGUGAGGACCAGUCAUAACUCACCUUUUUCAGUGCUGUUGUAACUUUGAACAGUCACUAAACGAAUGUUUGUAAAUCAAGGAAUACUGUAUGUUGUGAUUUAGGAAGAAAUUCUGUGAUAAUGAAAACUGAACUACAGAGCCCUUAGUACAGUGGUUCUCAACUUUCUCAAUGCCGCGACCCUUUAAUACAGUUCCUCAUGUUGUGGUGACCCCCAAUCAUAAAAUUGGUGUGUCGGUUCCUAAGACCAUCGAAAAUAUGUGUUUUCCGAUGGUCUUAGGCGACUCCUUUGAAAGGUCAUUCGACCCACAAAGGGAUCCCGACCCACAGGUUGAGAACCACUGCCUUAGUACAAGAAAAUGUGUAUGUAUGAUAGUUGAGUUGUGGUAGUUCUCAUGUCAUACAGAAACAUUCCAAAUGUCAGACAGGAUUUUUUGAUAUUAAGAUUCAAUACAGAUGCAAAGAUAAUACAUGUAACAAUAACAAUUAUGAUACCUAAAAGUCAGGAUUUGGGGGUGAUUUCUGACCAAAGUAAAGUAGUAAGAGCCAAGAAAAGGACUUUGCUGAAUACCAUGAGCAGUAUUUCUCCUGGUCAGUAAUGUUAUAUAAAUAUGAAAUAAUGUUGCACUACAUUACUGAUUUUAUUUUUUAUAAAAGCUUGGCUGGGUAGGGAUGUCUACUGCAGGUCACUUAUUCCAGCUAAGCAACAUUUAUAAUGUGAACACUUAACUCGUUAGCUCAUAGUUAGCUUUUCUAGUAUUUACUUCAGACUGUACUGUAAGUGUACUGAUUCAAAAUUCACUAAAUUCAGUUGGAAUGGCUUUUGGACAAACCGCUACAGGAUUGCACUGUUAAGCUUUUCCUAACAUUUAAACAUUUAAAUGUUUAACAUUUAAACAACUUGGCCUUACUUAAAAUUCCUACAAUCAAAUUACUCAUUGUAUUACUUUUCGCUACAAGCAGAUCUGUCAAUUAAUGUGAGUCCCACUUUUAGCAGCUUUGCAAAUAGCAUAGUGAAUUUAUAUUUCUGGUGAAGGAGUAUCUUUUUUUAACCAAUUAAAUAUUCUUGCCUGCUGACAAAUUGUCAUGUUCAAAUUACUUACUCAUGUGAAUAGUCUAAAAUAGAGCCAAAGGAAGACUGAGUACUAUAAAUGAAAGUGAGACUUCGUGUGGCUUCAGUUCUAAAUUUUAUACAGUUAAAUCAUGCAUAUCACAAAGGUAAAAAAAAGCUAUUUUCAAAUUGCAAUCAUGCAGAAGAUACCACAAAGGGAAUAUGGGAAAUAUGCUGCUUUGUCUUUUUGGUGCUACUAUUAAAAACCUGAAUUGAUGUUGAUCAUCGGGAAGCUUGACUAAAGAAUGAAAAUGUAACAUUGGGAUUCUGAAGUACACUAAUUCAUUGUGCAAUAUUAAUACUAAAAAUGUUGCUUAUCAAGCUGUGUUCACACAGAAGAAAGUCUUGUUUCUAUCUAGUGUUGCUGUAAAUAGAGCCAGUGAUUCCAUCCCACUUAACUUUGGUGAUAGGUUUUAUGUUUUUUCUGCAUGUGUGUAUGUAUUACUCAGUAAUUCCCAAAUGGCUCUGAGCUGGCUUCAGGAAAAAUGCUUUCUGGGUCAGGAGCCAAGUGCAUUAAUUUUGUAGCUUUCAUACAGUGAAGUAUGAUAUGUCCAUUUUGUCAUUGUUUUUCUUGGUAUUUUCUUUUAACCCAGAAAGAAAAAUGUUCACAAUCUCUCUCUUCAGAAAACUCGUAGGAAUUCCUUAAAGGGAUGAAAUUUGUCUUCUAAAUGCAGUAGCCCAGAAAUUUAAUUUUAUCAUCAUGGUGUUUUGAACCGAUAUAUUUGUCCUGAUGAUUUGGCGAUUACAUCUGAAAAACAUAUUGUCUAAGCAUUCAGCACAAUUUAUUGGGGAAUGGUUUGUAUGGAAUCUAGAAACGCAGGUGCUUCCAUAGCUUCAGAUCUUUGCCAAAAUUUUAAAGUUGUUUAUGUCAAAAUAAAUGUACAGUUACAGCAAGUUAAUUCAAAGCUUACUUGACAUGUUUGAAAAUAAAAUAUGAAAAUGACCUCAACUGUGUUAAUAUUGCUUAUUAAUAUAAAUAAGUAAAUUAAUUCAAACCUUAUUUGACAUUUGAAAAAUAAAAUGAAAAUGACGUCA